AUGGCUGGAAUCCAGAACACCGACGAUGCUGCCCUCUCACAGCCCAACCCAUUAUUUCAUGCUGCUGGUCCCCUUGCUGAUCCUCUGGAACGGCGAGUUAUCUUCGCCGCCCUGGAUUCUUUUCAUCAGUACCGGAAAAACUCACACUUCAACACAACCCACCGCCGGCGGCAGAAUCUCUACGCUCUACCGUCAUUACAAUGGCAAAUGCUUGCAGCGCCUCCCUUUUCAAUCCUUGACACCUUGAACGCCGUUGACGAUGCAUUGGACCACAAUGCCGAUAUGGCAGACCAAAUAGUUCAUUUAGGAUUGGACGCAUUUGGGCUUCCUGAAAUGCCAGCCAAAGACUCGGAGAUGAAUUGGCAAGGGAAAGCAAAAUCGAACGACAUCUCCAAAGCACAUUCGACUAUCCGUCAGUUCUAUAGAGAUUGGUCUCAGGAGGGGUUCAGUCUCGAGGUCGAACCGCUCCUCAAGACGAUCCUUACAGAUCUCGAAUCAAGUCUCCCAAAAGGACAAACCCAUAACCACCCUCCGUCGCUCCUUCUUCCAGGUGCCGGACUUGGUCGUGUCCUCUUUGAGCUCGCCCUGCGAGGCUUUCAUGCCACAGGUAACGAGAUCUCCUACCACCAACUGCUCGCGAGCAAUUUCAUCCUCAACAACUGCGAACAUGCCAACCAAUACCCAAUCUACCCUUUUGCACAUACAUUCACAAACUUGGUAACCCGGGCAAAUCAACUCAAACGCUACACCGUUCCGGAUGUCCAUCCAGGCGAAGCCUUCUCUGCUCGCCUUUCUGCAGGAUUACCAGUCGGUGAAAUGAACAUGACCGCCGGAGAUUUCGUGCUCUCCUACUCCACCCCGGAAUCCAAGGAGACAUUCGAUGGAUUGGUGUCGCUUUUCUUCAUCGACACGGCGCCAAACCUCCUUCGAUAUAUUGAGACGGUACGGAAUUGCUUGAAGGAGGGCGGUGUGUGGAUCAACAUUGGCCCUCUGCUGUGGCACUUCGACGAUCGUGCACAAGGAGGAAAUACUGACGGAGCCGACGACCACGAUGAAGAGAACGAGGGCUCAGGGCCUGGAAGCAGUAGCCAGCCAAAGCCCGACCUCGAAGAUAAAGGCAUUGGCGAACCAGGAUCUUUCGAACUCACAGACGAGGAAGUCGUCACGCUGGUUUCGCGCAUGGGCUUCGACAUCAUUACGCACGAGAUCCUCGCCGCAGAUUCGGGCUACAUUCAGGAUCCGAACAGCUUGUUGCAGAAUCGGUACCGGUGCAGCCACUGGAUAGCGAGGAAGGUCUGUUGA